CGUGCUUCAUUGUUUUUGUUCCUUGAAGAAAAUGGAGGAGAGGCUCCGGUCGUGUCUCCAGUCUUCCGCCGCUGAAUUCCUCUCCGUCGCCGUGAAAUUGAGUAUCAAAUCCUCUAAACCGUCGCUGAAGACAGUCAUUCACGCCGUGAAACCCUCGUCGGACCUCCCCACCUCUCUCUCUCUCGCCCUUCACCAAUCCAUUGUUCACUUCACGGAUUCCUUCCAGAAACUUCUCGAGGAUCCUCCUUCUGCCCCCUCUCCCUCCAAAUCGCCUCCUACCAAGCGCCGUCGAAGUAGCCGAUCCAGACCCGAUGAGAAUCGGUCGAAUGACACAGAUCAACAGAGGCGGCAGAUUUUCGACUCUCUCCAGGUCCUUUCUCACAUCGUCUUUCUCUGCGUUUCGAGUCCCAAAAAUGCAUUUCCCCCCUCCGAUUUGUUGCCUGCUGCUCAAGUUUUGCACGACAAUCUUAUAGCCUUUGAGUCGGAUCCGGGUCUGAGCAACGAGAUCGCGGGUUUGUGCGAGUGCUGGUGGAGGGAAGGAUUCGAGGGUAGAGAAACCCUAAUUACUCAAUCAUUACCGUUUCUGCUAUCGCGGGCACUGACCUUGAAGAAGAAAGUCGAUGUGCAUCGAGUCUAUGCGCUGAGGGAGGGAUUUGCAUUGUUUGAAUUUGAGGAUGAGAGCAUUGAGGACCUUAGGAUGCUGCUGAUGCGGUGCAUGGUUUCACCUUUGUUUGUAAAGACAGAAGAAGGGCGGAGAUUCGUUGCCUAUACAUUGGGGCUUAGCCUUCAGCUGAUGAAGGCGGCUCUUGCUGUCGUUAAGGCUCAGAUUCCCUUUGGUAGAAAAUCGGUGCUCGAGGGGUUUGGGGACAUUCUCUUUAGGGUUUGGAAAGAAGUAGGAGGAGAUUUGAAGGGUGAGAUUGAAGAUGGGUUUUUGCAGGGUAUGAUCGAUAGCGCCAUACAUGCUAGCUCCUCCUCAUUUGCAGCCUCGCUUAGGAGGGUUUUUGGAGGGUUUAUCAGUCAGCGGACUACUGAAGGAGUUGAGAAGCUUCUCUUCCACCUAGCUGAGCCAGUCAUAUUUCGUUCAUUGCAGGUUGCAAAUUCCAAUGUUCGUCUGAAUGCUUUGCAUUUGCUUUUGGACCUCUUUCCCAUGGAGGAUCCUGAUGCAACAAAAGAAGCUAAAGAUACUUUGCUAGACAAACAGUUCUACUUGUUGGAAAAGUUGCUGAAUGAUGAUUGCCUGGAUGUGAGAAUUGUUGCGGUGGAAGGUCUCUGCCGAGUUCUGUUUCUGUUCUGGGAAGUGAUCCCUUCGUCAGUAAUUACCAAGACCAUCACUAAACUGAUCGAAGACAUGUCACAUGAAUCGUGCAGUGAGGUUAGGCUCUCGACGGUCAAUGGAAUUAUUUAUCUCCUUGGGAAUCCACAAUCCCAUGGAAUUCUUAAAGUUCUUCUGCCAAGACUUGGACAUCUGAUGUUAGAUAAUGUUACUUCUGUACGGGUUGCCAUGGUUGAUAUGCUUCUCCAUCUGGGAGACAUUCGGACAUUCCAGUUUAACAAGGUUGUGAGUUUGGAUGUCUUGUUAUCUGUGCUUGCCAUGGAUCAUAUCCAGGUUGCCGAGGGGAUUGCUCGAUUGCUAAUUCCAUCAUAUUUCCCAUCGAGAGUAAAACCUGAGGAGGCCUGUGAUCGAUGUGUGACCCUAAUUAAGCGAAACCCAACGGCCGGUGCCAGGUUUUGUCAAUUUGCUGUGUCACUUGGAGCAUCCCUUAAAUCUGUUCUGCAGCUGGUAGGAGUCUUUGUGAAUUUAGUCUGGUCACUUGAUAAGGUAGAGGGAAACCAAAUUGAAGGCUUGCUUCUUGCUGUUAGCUACCUCUGCAAGGAUCUUGUUACUGAUUCUAGUUGUCUGGCCUCCCUCAAAGAUUUGUUGCCUGGAGAAAAAUUGAAGUGCUUGCUAGCUGUUGCACCUACUCCACAAGCUCAUUCCUCUGUCUUUGAUAUUGUUUCUCUCGUCUCUCCUGAUAUUGUGUCUGGCCUCCUUGAUGAUUGUAUGAAAUUAAUUGCUGAUUGCAGUGGUUUGUCAGGAGAUGCAGGACGGCAGACUGAGUUGAGGUCUGUUCACAAGUUACUUCUGUCGUGUAAUGCCUUUGAUGACAUGGUUGAAACUUUUACCAGACUCCUGCAGAAGGCUGCUUAUCGUUGUCAUAUAAAUUUUGGCUGCGAAAUAGAAAAAGGGAGCGUCUCUUCGUUGAAGAGGAAGAAGUCUAAGACCUCUGCAAAAUCUUCUGUCAGAUGGAAACAUGUUAGUAGGAAAAAGGCCUCCAGUUUCGAAGAAGAUUACUUAAUUGCUGUAGGAGUUGCCUGGCAAAUAAAGGAUUUACUAAUAUCUGAGGACACCUGUAAAGUUCUACUCGGGUCUGAUAUCGAGGAUCUAUUCCUUGCCUUAAAAGUUGUUUCCGAGACGACAAUUCUGCAAGCUUCUUGCUCUGCCUACUUGGAUGUGUACCCUGUAUUGGCAUAUACAGCUCUUGCUUUGCGCAUGACUCUUCAGAAUGCGAAUGCUCAUUCUCAGAAGAAAGAACUGACCCCAAGCUUGAUUUCUGAGCAGACCAUUCUGGAACAGACAAUGGAUCACAUUCUAGGUUGUAUAGAUAAGCUAUUUUCGGCAGGUAAUAAACCGCCAGGCACUGUAUGUCCAGAAGUUAGCCAUAGCAAAAAUACCACUACAAACAGCCACAGACAAAGGCACCGAGUAUCUAAAACAAGAACUUUGAAGGCGGGGGUUGAUGUUUCUGUGGGAUCAAAGCAGGGCAUGGUCCUGAACAAGGUGAAGAUGCUAACUACGAUUCUCAAGUUUAUUGUCGAUUCUACAGAGAUGGGUUUGGCUUCCCACCUUCAAGGAAGAAGCAUAAAGUUUGCAUCAGCUUAUCUCAAACAUGCCAUUUCCAUUGUCAGUGACCAGUCAACAGAUAAGUUACAACUUGAGGAUACAGAGUUGAAGGACAUCAUCCUGUGUCUGAAGAGCUCCACAAGUUAUGCCGGAAAGUUCAUCAGCCUAGUCCUUAGAGACAUAACCGAAGAUUCAUGUCCUUCCUUUGAAGCUUUCGACCUUGUGAAUGUCCUCCUUGAUCUAUUCACUUCGGUUGAGAUUUCUCUAGGCUCUGCCUACGCAUCAAGACUUGUUUCAGCACUAAACCCUUGGAUUCCAGAUUUGGUUCUUGCACUAGGGCCUUGUUUCAUCACAAAAAAUUCUGAACUAGAAAGUUUGCCCUCGACCUCCUUCAACCACCUCAAGCUUCACUUUCCACCAUGGCUGGCGAUAUGGGCAAAGAUCGAACUUCAAGAAGCAGGUGAAAACGAUGAAGAUCAACCCUCUGAAACUCUACAACUUCCAGCAUUCAGAAAGGUGAUGAACACCAUAGUUUCAUUGCUCAAAGUGAAUUCCGAGGUAUUAGAUGCAGUGGGAUCGGUUCUCUUGAUAGGUUCGGGUCUCUGUAUAGAGAAGAAGGAUUUCGGUACAGCUUUUGGACUCUUACACUUUCUCUGCGUCAAGUUGCUUGGUAGAGAAGAUAGAGAGUGGGAAGGGCUUCAGAAAAUGAUGGCCUCUCUCCCCAGCUUUUACCCUCUAAUAGAGAGAGAGAUCGAUGAAGAAACCGAUGAAGAUGAGCUGAAUAAACUCAGAAAAGCCAGAGAUUUGCUUCAGCCAGUUUGGAUGUACCAUGUCUAUGAAACUGAAAGGUUCUCCAUGAUGGAAGAAGAAGAAGAAGAAGAGUAGAUGGAACACCGAACACUGUGUGUGUAUUUAACCACCGGUUUAGUGUGUACCGGACAAUAAACCGGUCUGUGUUGUAACGUCGGAUAGAAUUUUCCGGCCUAGUUUUCCGGUAUUCAUAUAUAACCGUAAUCUGAAUAAUUCAAGAUUUGGUUCA